CCCCGUUCGUUCCUUUCUGCCUUCUCCCGCUGCACCCGGCGGCUCCUUUCAGGCCACUAGCCUCUGGGGGCUCCUUCCCCCCUCCCUCUCUUUUAUUCUUCAUUGCUGUGGGGUGCGACGGGAGGGAGCGAAGAGUUAGGUCUCCCCCUUCUCAGUCGGGCGCCUGAGCCGGAAUCCGUUUAGAGGGGAUUUCAAUAAGAAUGAGACCAGCUCGGGACUUGAGGUAGAAACUGCCAGAGAGGAAAAAACUGUGACCCAAGUUUGUGUCUUGAUUAAGGGGGAUUUAUUAGAGAUGUAUUGUUUGCCCGUGCCAACCCACCCGGUGAUAUUAGAUGGCGGGCCCUGAUGGACACAUCUGGAGAGGCCCACUGGAAUCGAGGUAGUCCCUACAUACCUGCUGAUUCCAAGGCCCCACUAUUUCUGAGUCUUAACCCUGGCAAGCGUUGGAGUGGUAAAUUUACCCUGAAAGCCGAGGUGCUAAAAUCAAUUCAGCCUCUGAGGACAUGAGCCUUAGGAUCCCUCAAAAGUAGUCUUCUUUGGGAAAUCCGGGGCUAUAGCUCCUACACCCAGCCCUCAAGGCCAGGGGGAGCCGCCACUUUCCCGGAACAGCUGGGAAUUCGUUGCAUCGGAAAAAACGAAUUCUCCUGUGACCAGAAACAUCUGGCGAUUCGCUCCAGUCCCUAUUGUUACCAGGGGCCCAGUCUGCCGGGUGGGGGGGUUAGCGCUAGCCUACAGGAACAUCAAUAUCGGGCUGCGGAUAAUCGAAAAGAUUACAGUCCAGACUCUAUCGAUGUCCUGGCCCUAAGUGAAUAAUUAUGAGGUGAAAACAGUAAGGAGAUUCUGCUGCUGAAGCUGCUAGGCUCUAAGUUUGGGGAACCUCGCUUGGCCCUGCAGCUGCAGAACUCAGCGGCUAUCGGUUAAGGUGGGAGGAAGCUAACCAGGGGACUGGGGGCAAGAGAGACACUCCCAAGCAGGCCUCUGGGCCGAGCCUCCACGGCUGGACACUGUUACAUUCGCCUGAUUGACAAAUUGCAAACAAAUUGCAGGUUAGCGAAACGUAUUUACAAGUUGUCAAGGCAAAUUCAAGGCUCGGGCCCCCAUUGGGCCAAGGGAAGGGAUUGAGACAGGGAAGAGUACAACCACCGUGGCUGGGAGAAAGGGUCUAGGAUAAGGGAUUAACAGAGUCCAGACCUGCAGACUCUCCCUCCCCCAUUCACCCACCCCCUCAGUCAGAUUUGAACAGGGUAAAUUGCAGAUGAUUUAUUUGACCCUUUUAAAUAGCUUAAAUGGGGUCUUUGCGGUUGAGAGGGAACUGUCAUUUUAUAACCCUAUUAGUGGCCAUUAGUGGUGUCCAUGGCUUACAGCCUUGGGCAAGGGCGGGAACCCCAACUCUAAGAGGGAGCCCAGAACAGCACAUCUGCAAGGGAGGGAGCAACUGUGUCCAUGAUGUAAGAAAGCCUAAGGACUGUCCUAAUUGCUGCAGAGAAAGUUUGAGGUGGCCCAGUGUUUGGGCCUUGGUGAGUGGCAGUGGAGACUAACCCGGGCCACGGAUAUCCAUCAUUGAACUCUCAGGGCAUAAAGGGGGUGGGGUAGGUAAGGAGAGAAGAUCGAGCCUGGUCCUUACUGGACUGAGAAGAGGGGGCAGCUUGAAAUAAACCCGGAAGAGAGCCAGAGAGAACGUAGGUAUCUGACGCCAGUUAUACGUGCUUCUCUUUCUGUUCCUGGAGAGCCCGGGUGACUGGGAACCUGCGGGCAGCUGCAGUUCGGGAGAGCGGGGAGGCCCUGCAGAGCUGCUGGUAUUUACAUCUCAGCGCAGCCCGCGGUCCACCCGAGGUCCUUUGCCUCUCCCUUCCUGUUGCGCCCCCAGCAGGUUCAGGCUGCCGUGGAAACCUAGCCGUGGUGCGUGCGGGUUCCGGGCUCCGUCCUCCACUCCGCGUCCAGAUAGAGACAACCACUUUCUACUCCGGCGCCGGAGACCUCGACAGCAGCGGCAGCCCAGCUGACUCAGCUCUCAGCUUUGCUCGGGGCAGUUCUCCUGACCCUUCCACUCCUGUGACCGAGGACUCUCGGACCCCAGCAGCGGCAAGAAGGGCCAAGAGUGGGGCCUUGAGGGCACCAUGGAGGUGGCGCCGGACCAGCCCCGCUGGAUGGCCCAUCACGCCGUGCUCAACGCGCAGCAUCCGGACUCGCACCACCCGGGCCUGGCGCACAACUACAUGGAACCCGCUCAGCUGCUGCCCCCAGAUGAAGUGGACGUGUUCUUCAAUCAUCUGGACUCCCAGGGCAACCCCUACUACGCCAACUCGGCCCAUGCCCGAGCACGAGUCUCCUACAGCCAGGCACACGCACGCCUGACCGGGAGCCAGAUGUGCCGGCCUCACCUCCUUCACAGCCCCGGGAUCCCGUGGCUGGAUAGCGGCAAAGCGGCGCUGUCGGCGGCUGCGGCCCACCACCACAACCCCUGGACCGUGAGUCCCUUCUCCAAGGCACCCCUGCACCCAUCGGCAGCCGGAGGCCCGGGCACGCUCUCGGUGUACCCCGGCGGAGGCAGCGGCGCCAGCGGCGGCGGCUCUGUCUCCUCUCUCACGCCCGCUUCCCACUCCGGGUCGCACCUCUUCGGCUUCCCCCCGACCCCGCCCAAAGAGGUGUCCCCCGACCCCAGCGCCAGCAGCGCGGCCUCGCCUGCCUCCUCAUCCGCGGGAGGGGUCCGGCCAGAGGACAAGGAGGGCGUCAAGUACCAAGUGACCCUGUCUGACGGCUUGAAGAUGGAGAGCGGCAGCCCCCUCCGAAGCAGUCUGGCUUCCAUGAGCGGGCAGCCAUCCACGCACCACCCUAUUCCCACCUAUCCCUCCUAUGUGCCCGCUGCCCACGACUACAGCGGCAACCUCUUCCACCCGGGCGGUUUCCUGGGCGGCCCCGCCUCCAGCUUCACCCCCAAGCAGCGCAGUAAGGCCCGCUCCUGCUCAGAAGGCAGAGAGUGUGUGAACUGCGGGGCCACAGCUACCCCACUCUGGAGAAGGGAUGGCACCGGCCACUACCUGUGCAACGCCUGCGGUCUCUACCACAAAAUGAAUGGGCAAAACCGGCCGCUCAUCAAGCCCAAACGGAGACUGUCAGCAGCCAGGAGAGCUGGGACCUGUUGUGCCAAUUGCCAGACAACCACUACCACCUUAUGGCGCCGAAACGCUAACGGGGACCCCGUCUGCAACGCCUGUGGCCUCUACUACAAACUGCACAAUGUGAAUCGGCCACUGACCAUGAAGAAGGAGGGCAUUCAGACCCGUAACCGGAAGAUGUCUAACAAAUCCAAGAAGAGUAAGAAGGGUGCCGAGUGCUUUGAGGAACUGUCCAAAUGCAUGCAGGAGAAGUCCUCCCCUUUCAGCGCAGCCGCCCUGGCCAGCCACAUGGCCCCCAUGGGCCACCUGCCCCCCUUCAGCCACUCGGGACACAUCCUGCCCACACCCACUCCCAUCCACCCUUCCUCAAGCAUCUCUUUUGGACACCCCCACCCAUCCAGCAUGGUGACUGCCAUGGGCUAAGAGCAGCAGCCCAGGUUCGGGGGCCUCACCCAGGACAUGGACAGACAGAAAGGAUGGAUGGACAGACCUCGAGGUCAGGGUGGGAGUGGGGAGAGGCAGGGAGUAGGGCUCCAGAAGGGGCUUGAACUCUGGGUAGGGCAGCGAUGGGCAGCCUCCCCUCCCUCUCCCUCAGGGAUAAUAACCAAGACAACGUUGCCUGUGUCACUCCCACAGAUGGGCCUGGCAGUCCUGGCUUGGGGCUCCCCAAAGCCUCCUCCCUCCCUUGUUCCCCACAGCCCUCCAUGCCUGUCCUCCUCCCCCUUCUGGCCUCUCUGCUAUUACUGUGAAUCUCAUAAACUGGUCUGAGACGGCUAGCCAGAUUUCUGUCUUGGACAAUUGUUUGGGGGGAAUAGGACAACUUAAUACAAAGGAAAGGGGAAAAGGAACCUUAAUUGUUAAAAAACGAAGAUGGAAAAAGGUAUCAAAAUAAUUUAUUUUGUUCUUGUUUUUAGCAAGGACUUGGGGAAUUUGCAAGGGUCUCAGCCAUUGAGGCAAGAGCCCUUCCCCUCCUCUGACCCCCUCCAUGUUCUGCACCCCCAUACACUUUGGGGGGAGGCAGUCUCAGUCGAAGAAAAAUUGACCAACUGGAAACCUGCCUCAUUUGAUCUAGCAGCCCAGUCCAUUAGCUUAUGGGAUGGGAUGGGCACUUUCAACUUCCCUCGAACGGGGGAAAAUCCUAAAUCUGCUUCCCCAGGGGUGGCUGGGAGGUGGGUAGGUUAGGUUCUAGUAGCCUCAGAAAUGGGACCUCAGUUGGGUAUAGCGAGCACUCACUGGUCUCUGGAGAGGAGUUCUAUUCUCCUUUCAGCCUAAGAGGUAAUAUUGGAGGGGAAAGACUGGCACAGAGGCGACGGGAGGAAGGCAGGGGAAGCGUGUCAGCUCAGCAGAGUUGGGGGCCACCAGGGAGGGAGAGACAAUCACAAAAUGGCCAGCACUGAGGCUGAGGAGGGAAGGAUGGGUCAGGGCCAGGAAAUACCCUGAGGAGAGGAAGAGGAAAGGGAAGAGUUCCCCCAAGACCUGAGUUUUGUUGUUUUGGAAAGGAAAAGAGAGAAAAAAAAAUCCUCUAAAGAAGUCCUCCUCUGACUAGACAUAAUCCCCAAUGUGGCCAGUGUGAAGUGUGUCCUCCUGCUGGUGGGAGCCGUGCCCCUGCAGCGGGGGCAGGCCUAGCCCCAUGUACAUACUUAGCUAUUCUGCUGACCCCUCCUUUCCUUCUCCACUACAAUUGCCUCUCUUCUCCCCUCCCAGCUAGGGGAUAGGAAACUGCAUAAGCUUAACUCACCAAUGAGUUGAUCUUUAUUUUGUUUUUUAAUUUCUUUUUGGAUCAAGCCAAUUGUAUAUUAUUGCAAAAGUCCUGCUAAGAAGGAAAUAAAACUUAAGAAAAUGGA